GGAGUGGUCCGCCUUCGCCGCUGGCACCACACGGGUUAACGUCAAUUUAAAAUUAUUAAACAUGGAUUGAACGGGGCAUGGCUAAUAUUUUUCACAUGGCAGGCUGUUGGACAAGUGCCCCUUCGGAUAAUUUAUUUGAGAGUCACAUGAGAGGAACAAACCCGCGUCCUGAGCGUCAGCCCCGUCGUAACAGGUCAGGCUGGACAACAGGAAGAUGGCUGGCUAGCUUGACCUAUAGAAACUUCAGAUUUACCUUCAUUGGAGACAACUUAGUAAAAUGAUGUUAGCGUAUAAACAGAGGGAUUUUGGAGUUGUACAGCAGAUGGCGAGUAUCACAACUAACCGCUAGGUGCUUUUUUUACUUUUUACUUUUUACUUUUACGUAGGUAGUUUUUCCGCCUACUGAACAUUGCAUUAUCUACACUGUUAAACUUCCUUGGAGGUGACUGCAGGUGGUUACAAUAUCUAUCCUUAUAUAUCUUAACUUGUACUGAAUGUUGGCUUGGACCUAUCACAGUGGAAGGGGAGAAACGGCGACAGAAGUUGACCAUGGGAUCUACAUUUCACACUCUCUUGGCCUUGGUUGGGCAGGUGCCAUGGCUGCUUCUGGCUCUGUUAACACCCUGGACAGUAUUUUGUUCAGCAGAGUUGAAGCAGACAAGAUGGCCGUUGUUUUCCCAGAAGCCAGUUCUUCUUGCCUGGAAUGCUCCAACAGAGGACUGUGGCCCACGGCAUGGGAUACGUUUCCCACUGGAUCAGUUUCAGAUUGUGGCCUCCCCCAAUGAGGGAUUUGUCAGACAGAAACUCACAAUUUUUUAUAAGGAACGCUUUGGGUUGUAUCCCUACUAUGAACGUGAUGGCACUGCAGUGAACGGAGGCCUUCCACAGGUUGCCAGUCUCACUCAGCACUAUGAAAAGAUGCCUGAAGGUGUGCAAAAAUAUAUACGUGAGCCUGACGCAAAAGGCCUGGCUGUCAUUGACUGGGAGGAGUGGCGUCCCCUAUGGAUCCGCAAUUGGGAUGUCAAAGAUGUGUAUCGAAAAAAAUCUCGUGAAUUGGUUGCAAAGAAAAACCCACACUGGUCUCCAGAACACGUGGGAAAAGUUGCACAGCAGGAAUUUGAGCUGUCAGCUCGGAAAUUCAUGCUGGAGACUCUGAAACUUGCCAAGAAUCUGAGGCCUAAUCAGCUGUGGGGUUUCUACCUGUUCCCAGAUUGCUACAACCAUGACUACAGGAGCGGCCUGAAGAACUACACAGGCCGCUGCCCUGAUUUAGAGGUGGUCCGCAAUGACCAACUUACCUGGCUGUGGACGGAGAGCACUGCACUCUUCCCCUCUGUAUAUAUGGGUAAAGUACUACGUUCUUCCACGUUUGGGCGCCACUUUGUCCGUAACCGGGUCAAGGAAGGGAUGCGCCUGGCAUCUGCUGGAGAUGGACUAGCACGUCCUGUUUUUGUUUAUACCCGUCCUACUUAUACCAAUGAGAUGACCCUCCUAACUGAGACAGAUCUGGUCUCCACCAUUGGUGAAAGUGUUGCACUUGGAGCUGCAGGUGUCAUCUUCUGGGGAGACUCCACCUAUGCAAGCAGCAAUGCCAGCUGCUCCGGCCUACAUGAAUAUCUGCGGGGGCCGCUGGGUUUGUACCUGCUCAAUGUGACUACGGCGGCUGAACAGUGCAGUCGGUCACUUUGCAGAUCUCAUGGCCGCUGUCUGCGCAGAAUAUCAGACAGUGACGUGUAUCUGCACCUCAGCCCUUUGACCCAUAGCAUCACCAGUCACGGUGGCAGGUUGAAGGUGACUGGCCAGCCUGGCCUAGGAGAGCUGGCCAGGUUUCGUGCACACUUCCAGUGCCAAUGCUACAGUGGCUACAAGGGCGAGGCCUGUGCUCAGAAAGAAAAAGGGCAGAAUAGAGCCUCCUCUGUCCUGGGGACUUGGCCCCUUUGCCUUAUCCUCCCACUAGGACUCCUCACUCUGCUCCACUGAGGAAACUGUGAGGCCCAAACUAUUCACUGCCUCAACCACCGUGUAAGGUCUCUGCGCUGCUGAGAGCUGGGAUUGACCCUGUAGGAUCAAAAGCCUUA